CACAUGCGCCCUCCCUUCCAUCCUCUCUCUCUCUCUUCCCGGCACAGGAUAGUUGAGGCCUUAUUAUAGACAGGUUGUAAAACGGAGCAACCCAUUACAAGGAAAUCAUCGAAGACCCUGAGUUCUAGCUGAGACGCUGUCAAGGCUGCAAAGGAGUUCUCUUCUUCUUCCCUCAUCCAGCAGGCGGCGCACCUUUCAGUCAUCAGCUAUUUCCAGAUGAUCUUCGUUUCCUACGUAUCUUUUCAAGGAGUUCAGGUUCUUGAGUAUGCAUCCCUAAAUCAAGUUGCUAAAUGUCAUCAACUCACUCGGGUUGAGCCUGUUAAUGAGAAUACGGCGCCAAAAGAGAAGAAACCGGCAGAAAGGAGCCUCAACUGUAGACAGCGGAUCGGAUCUGACAAGAAGAGAUGACUACUGAUUACAUGGUAUGUGAAACAGAGGAAGUUAUAGUUGAAACAUCGGAACCGGACAGCAAUGAGUUUCUUUUCUGGAGACUAGAUGAAGACAUGGAAUCAAAGAUAGAGGCUCUGCGAAAUUGGGAACGCAAAGUCACUUGCCGCACCUUAUGCUCAUGCUAUCCAGCACAAGCAUUACAAGUCUGUGAGCUUUCUAUUUCUACCAAAGAAGACAGGAUAAUAGCUAGUAGCCAAGCAUAUAUUUUCGGUUCCUUUGCAAUCAGGGACCACUAUGACAGACGACGGAUAAACAUCUUCAACCGUGAAAGGACAAACCCAGUUCGCAUCGAUUUUAGUAACGGCGUUGGAAAAGUGAGAAUAACUAAUCCUCGCCGCGGCAUACUUUAUGGUAAUCUCGCUUUCGAUUAUGACUUGAACGUUAUAUACACUACACUGGAAGGCUACAAGAAGGAAGAGAAGAUAAACGGGAAGGCAUUGUAUAACGGGAAGAAACAUCCUUACUCUAGCCGCCCCGAAACCAUGCGUGCAUCCAUUCCUAUAAAAAAUGACAGCAACAUGAAAGAAAUAAAUCUGAAGUUCAUUCGAUUCCCUCAGGGAAUUGAGGCUGGAAUUAACAUUGAACCUCCAGAAGGCUUGAAUUUCCGUUUAACUGCACGCAUGGGUGAUCUUCCUAAUGAGAUCAUAGUAUUUGACAGCAAAUAUGAUAUGCCAAGGGGUGAUGCUUAUCACAAUUCACUAAAGUUUGUGCUUGUCGUGCCAUGUUUGGAUAUCUUGGAACUCAAAUAUACCGAGCAUAAUCAGCAACCAGAUGAGCAGCCGAAGAUAUGUACUUUCAAUUCGUUGUACCAUGGUUUUAUCUCAGAAGUCAUAAUCCUCAAAUAUGGCACGAUCAAGAUGGAAAUCAAAUGGUCGAGAAUGUAGCUGAUGGUAAAAUUGAAACGACAGCAAUGGCAACAACCUGAACAAUUUGUUAUUCGCUUUCCGGCCCUUCUAGUAGAGGUUCUUUUGAGGACCAAAGGGCAUUAUUAUCGGUUCAAUUUGUUCUUCCGCAAGGAGUACCAUGCAUUAUCUAUUUACAAUUUAAUCACAGUAUCUGUUCUGAAGACUUUGUAAAAUAAUGUAUAGGAGUGCAAUCGGAUCAGAUACCAACAGUGAUUGCAGAUCUCACAUUUGUUUCUAUAAUUUUCUUCACAGUCUAUGUGUGGGACAUCGAUAUAUAGUGUUCGGAUAUAGAAACAAUGCGCGUGGAUUGUCUCAUA